CAACCGCUUAUCCGCCAUUCCAGGAAGCCGCCUCCCCCCUCCCUUUCUCCAUAGAAAACCAAAGAGAGGGUGAAACUUGUAGCUCCUGAAGUUGCGGCGCCAAUAGCACGCUGAAGCUUGAGGACUUACAGGGUAUUUUCAAACUUUUGAUUUAACCACUGAAUUCUUCGGACUCCAUUCCACCAUUUUGAAACGCUAAUUUACACUGAACUUCCCAAGUGGAUUUUCUUGUUUUGGAUGUCUGCAAACAUGAGCAGCAUAAACACUGCUAACAUCAACUUCAAAUGGGACCCAAAGAGUCUGGAGAUCCGGACUCUGGCAGUGGAGAGACUGCUGGAGCCUCUGGUCACCCAGGUCACGACCCUGGUGAACUCCAGCAACAAGGGACCAUCUAACAAGAAGAAGGGCCGUUCAAAGAAGGCCCACGUGCUGGCUGCGUCUGUGGAGACUGCCACACUAAACUUCCUGGAUAAAGGGGACAAGAUCGCCAAGGAGAGCCAGUUUUUGAAAGAGGAGCUCACCGCUGCCGUCGAGGAUGUCCGCAAGCAAGGAGAUGCCAUGAAGCAGGCGUCAGGGGAGUUUGCAGAGGACCCGUGCUCAUCGGUGAAGCGGGGUAACAUGGUGCGGGCGGCGCGUGCCCUCCUCUCUGCCGUCACCCACCUGCUGGUGCUCGCAGACAUGGCUGACGUCUACCGCCUCCUGAUGCAGCUCAAACUGGUGGAGGAGAACCUGGCCAAGGUGCGCAACGCCGGGACUGAGCAGGACCUUGGCAUCCAGUACAAGGCCCUGAAGCCGGAGGUGGACAAACUCAACCUGAUGGCAUCCAAGAGGCAGCAGGAGCUGAAGGAUGUGCAUCACAAGGACCAGAUGGCGGCCGCACGCGGCGUGCUGCAGAGGAACGUGCCCAUGCUGUACACGGCCUCCAUCGCCUGCCUGCAGCACCCGGACGUGGCGGCCUACAAGGCCAACCGCGACCUCAUCUACAAGCAGCUGCAGCACGCCGUCACCGGCAUCUCCAACGCCGCGCAGGCCAAUCCCAGCGAGGACGCUGCGCUCGGUCACACCGCUGGCGGCGGCGAGCUUGCCUAUGCCCUUAACAACUUUGACAAGCAGAUUAUCGUGGACCCGCUGAGCUUUAGCGAGGAGCGCUUCCGCCCCUCUCUGGAGGAGCGCCUGGAGAGCAUCAUCAGUGGCGCCGCCCUCAUGGCCGACUCGUCCUGCACGCGUGACGACCGCCGCGAGCGCAUCGUGGCCGAGUGCAACUCUGUGCGCCAGGCUCUGCAGGACCUUCUCUCCGAGUACAUGGGCAAUGCUGGUCGAAAGGACAAGAGCGAUGCCCUGAACACGGCCAUCGACAGGAUGACUAAAAAGACCCGUGACCUGCGCAGACAGCUGAGGAAGGCGGUCAUGGACCACGUGUCCGACUCUUUCCUGGAGACCAACGUGCCGCUCCUGGUCCUCAUCGAGGCGGCCAGGAACGGCGACGAGAAGGAAGUGAAGGAGUAUGCCCUAGUCUUCCGCGAGCAUGCCAACAAGCUGAUUGAGGUGGCCAACCUGGCGUGUUCCAUCUCCAAUAAUGAGGAGGGAGUGAAGCUGGUCCGCAUGGCGGCGUCGCAGCUGGAGACCCUCUGCCCCCAGGUGAUUAACGCGGCUCUGGCCCUGGCGAGCAAGCCCAACAGCAAGGUGGCCCUGGAUAACAUGAUGCUCUUCAAAGAGCAGUGGGAGAAGCAGGUGCGCGUGCUCACCGACGCCGUGGACGACAUCACCUCCAUUGACGACUUCCUCAGUGUGUCCGAGAACCAUAUCCUGGAGGACGUAAACAAGUGCGUGAUCGCGCUGCAGGAGAAGGACGUGGACGGACUGGACCGCACAGCCGGUGCCAUCCGAGGCCGCGCUGCCCGAGUCGUGCACGUGGUCACCUCGGAGAUGGACAACUAUGAGCCCGGCGUUUACACGGAGAAGGUUCUGGAAGCCACCAAGCUCCUGACUGACACAGUGAUGCCCCGUUUUACCGAGCAAGUGGAGGCCGCCGUGGUAGCCCUGAGCGCCAUACAGGGUGGACGAGAUAUGCCGGUGGACGAGAACGAGUUCAUCGACGCCUCACGCUUGGUCUAUGACGGCGUGCGUGACAUCAGAAAGGCUGUCCUGAUGAUCAGGACCCCAGAGGAGCUAGACGACUCGGACUUUGAGACGGAGGACUUUGAUAUGCACAGCAGGACCAGCAGGCAGACGGACGAUGACCAGCUCAUUGCCGGCCAGAGUGCCAGGGCCAUCAUGGCUCAGCUGCCUCAGGAGCAGAAAGCCAGGAUCGCCGAGCAGGUGGCCAGCUUCCAGGAGGAGAAGAACAAGCUGGAUGCUGAGGUGUCCAAGUGGGACGACAGCGGCAACGACAUCAUCGUGCUGGCCAAGCAGAUGUGCAUGAUCAUGAUGGAGAUGACCGACUUCACCAGGGGCAAGGGACCGCUGAAGAACACCUCGGACGUGAUCAGCGCCGCCAAGAAGAUCGCAGAGGCCGGCUCCAGAAUGGAUAAGUUGGGCCGCACCAUUGCCGACCAAUGUCCGGACUCCACUUGCAAGCAGGACCUGCUGGCCUACCUGCAGCGCAUCGCCCUCUACUGCCAUCAGCUUAACAUCUGCAGCAAGGUCAAGGCCGAGGUGCAGAACCUGGGAGGAGAGCUCGUGGUCUCUGGGCUGGACAGUGCCAUGUCCCUGAUCCAGGCGGCCAAGAACCUAAUGAACAGCGUGGUGUCGACAGUGAAGGCGUCCUACGUGGCCUCCACCAAGUACCAGAGGUCCCUGGGCAUGCAGAACCUCAACAUGCCGGCCGUCUCCUGGAAGAUGAAAGCCCCCGAGAAGAAGCCACUGGUCAAGCGCGAGAAGGACGACGACAAGACCAACAAGGUCCGCCGCUCCUCCCACAAGAAGCAUAUCAACCCUGUGCAGGCCCUCAGCGAGUUCAAAGCCAUGGAUAGCAUCUAGGUGGGCUUGAGCAAAGGGCAUUGCCUUUACUGGCUAUGGGAGCUUAGAAUAAGACAUGUAUUCACCACUCUUAAAUGUAUGUUGCUCCCAGCAUAGACGUUGGGAUUGAUUUUGUCUGUUUGAUUGUUGCUUUUUUUUUUUUUUUUUAAUAUAUAAAGAAGAUGCAUAUAUGCUUUUGAGAGCAUUCCUUUAGCUUAGAAAGCAAACUAUCCUUUUUUUUUUAUUCACAGUUUCUUUAUUUGCCCCAGUUACUCCUCCAUAAUGUUUAUAUUUAUUCACUUGGAAAGCCUUCUGCUAUGCUUAAUCUGUAAAUGAAUCUGUCCUCAAUAGAAGCAAGGAAAUGGCAACUGGACUAAGGGCAUUUUAUGGUAUUAAAGAGAGGAAAGAAGGGCCUUCAUGUACCUUCAGAUCAAGAUUCUUCUUUGAUGCAUCUCUGAGUAUUUUAUAAUCUUGUGUGUGUGUGUGCGUGUGUGAGUGCGUGAGAGAGAAUUAUAUUUGAGGUGCUCUUUUAUAUUGCCUUUAGGAACUAUAUUUGAUAUGGCACCCUCUCCCCUCUAAUCUAAUUUGCAGUGUUAGGUGUCAAGCCUAUGCAAGCUCUGCCUUCUACACUCUCAAGCAAUACGAGUUAUAGUACUGUUGUAGGAUGGGUGAGGCAUUUUAGGGAACCUUUUUUCUAGUGCUCAGACCAAAGUGCAUUAUCCGUAAUGUUCUGCGCUGCAUCUAAUUAACUUUUGAUAUAUUCAUAGUUGGGUGUGUUUGUUUGACUAACAUUUUUUUUUAACAUGCCCACGAAAAAAGUAAAUAAACGCAGGGCUCUGGAUUUGGUCUUUUCCUGAUCUGAUAACUGGCUACUUCAUUUGUCGUUGUAUUUGUAUUGUUUCUUUCAUUGAUUGCAAUUUCACUCGGAUGCAAUGUAGGCAAUAGCAAACACACAUUCCUGAGUGCCGAUAAAAACACAUCAUUUGUCCUGGUUUUUGACUGUUUUAAGGAGUGAAUACGUGAUUCCCAGUAUGGCAGCGGGAUACUGCUGAACAGGACGCUGCUCUCCCUGCCCUCUCAUUCCUAUACGUACACUUGGCUUCACCCCCCUACACUCCCAGUCUAAUGCAUACAUUUGGCCUCAGCCUGGCAUCACCACUGAUGCACUGAUCCACUCAAAUACAUUAAUCAGGAGGGCAUCCUAAUCAGUCCUGCCCUGCAACCUUGUACUUCAAUGGCCAAGACACUACCAGUAGACCUGUAGUCAGGAACUGCUGCCACCCCAAACACUAAAAUGAUCUGCCAGACCAUGAGCUCGAUAUUCCCCUGGGUCGGCCCCAAGGGGGGGGCUGGAAUGGCAGUGCUCCGUACCGUAACGGGCAGAUCUAAAACACAUUCCGCCCGCCCCAACAGUUUGAUUCCUUUUCCUUGUUUAUUUUUUUUUAUAUAGGUGUAUGGCAUUCAAACGUCUCCAAAAGAAAUAUAAACUUUUCCUUUCUUUUAAUUUUUUUGUUCUUUUGCUAGUUGUUCCUGUAGGGAUCCACACUUGAUUGAGCUGUUCAAGUGUGGAGUUUUUUUGGGUCGAUAGUCAAGGAGUUUAGUGUAGCGGGGCACCGUGAGGUAGAAGCCAUCUUUUUUUAUCAUUUCUUUUUACCUUUUCAACUCAAAGCAGUGGGUGGUGAAACAGCAGAGUUGUUCCCACAUUCGGACCAGCCAUGCAUGCUAUCUGUAUUCAUGGAUGUGCGUUGAGGGUCUUUGAAGCAACGUCACCCAGUACCCUGGUUCCCUGCCUUGUUUUGUACGUGUAUAAACAAUUAAGAGGGCAGGUCAGCGGAGAGCCCUUGACAGAUGGCUGUUUCUUCCUUCGUUGUUUGCUUGUGUGUUUGUGUUCAUUUGGAGAUUUCUUUGUUUUUUUAUUUUUUCUUCUUCCCCCAUCAUAAUUCAAUCAUGUCCUGUGUGCUGUAGGCUCCUCAAAACAUGUUCUGGAAGUCGGAGUUCAAUUCUUCAUUUCUUCUUUUUCCAAAAAACUGCUGUGGUGAUCUCUGCAUAAAAGAGCAGUGUUUGUUGUUUAGCAUUAGCUUUCUGUAACAGUUUGAUGGGGAUUUGACUAAAUACUGCACACUUUUUACAGUUACUUGUAUUUUCUGUAUGUAAAAAAAAAAAUAAAGAAAUAAAAACUAAAAUGGAA